UCCUUAUGCUCCUUUCCUCCCUCUCUGGCACAUAUUUAGACACCCCCACUACUCCUCACUUCUCUACAUCCUUCCUUCACCCCUCCGCACUCUAUUCUCUUCCUCCCUGUCUCUAGUCUCUUGUGGUGGUGGUGGUGGUGGCGGAGAGAUGGCGGAUGAUGCGGGGAAGAAAGUAUGCGGCGUGCCGGAGAGGGUGCAGCUGCAUGUGGCCAUGUUGGCCCUGCAGUUUGGGUACGCAGGGUUUCAUGUCGUCUCCCGGGCGGCCCUUAAUAUGGGGAUCAGCAAGGUGGUGUUCCCCGUCUAUCGGAACAUCAUCGCCUUGAUCCUCCUCGUGCCUUUUGCCUACUUCCUCGAGAAGAAAGACAGGCCACCCAUUACACUCAACUUCCUCGUUCAAUUCUUCCUCCUAGCGUUGUGCGGUAUAACUGCAAACCAGGGCUUCUACCUACUAGGUCUUGACAACACCUCCCCUACCUUCGCCUCCGCCAUCCAGAACUCCGUCCCCGCCAUCACCUUCCUCAUGGCCGCCCUCCUCAGGAUAGAGAAGGUCCGCAUCGACCGAAGGGACGGGAUUGGAAAGCUGACGGGCACGUUAGCGUGCGUCGCAGGCGCGUCGGUCAUAACACUGUACAAGGGCCCGACCAUCUUCUCGCCAUCUCAUGCCCUGAACCAACCUAGCCCUCGCUCCACGCCGACAAUGCUGUGGCUGGGUGACGCCCAGGGGAAGAACUGGACACUUGGUUGCUUAUAUCUCAUCGGGCACUGCCUGUCGUGGUCGGGGUGGCUGGUGCUCCAGGCGCCGGUGCUGAAGAAGUACCCGGCGAGGCUGUCGGUGACCUCGUACACAUGUUUCUUCGGCGUGAUCCAGUUCUUGGUCAUCGCAGCCUUCAUCGAGAGGGAUGCCGAGGCCUGGAUCUUCCACUCUGGCUCCGAGCUCUUCACCAUCCUCUAUGCGGGAUUCAUUGCUUCAGGGGUUGCCUUUGCGGUUCAAAUAUGGUGCAUCGACCGGGGUGGUCCUGUCUUCGUGGCUGUUUACCAACCGGUCCAGACACUUGUCGUCGCUAUCAUGGCUUCGAUUGCUUUGGGCGAACAGUUCUACCUUGGAGGGAUCAUUGGUGCAGUACUGAUCAUAGCCGGACUGUAUCUGGUCUUAUGGGGGAAGAGUGAAGAGAGAGCAUUUGCUGCAAGAGAGGCUGCCGUCGUGGUUUCCUCCACUGGCGAAAAUGAUGGAAUCAGAUCAACGACUCCCUUCAAAGCUUCUUCCAUUACUCAGCCACUGCUGCCGCCCUCGUCGCCGGAAAAUGUGUGAGAGAAUGCCCCCCUGGAGCAACCGUGGACUAAUUCUAGUGUUAUGCUGUGAAGAAGGAAAGAACAGUGUGUGCUCGAGAACAAAGGGUUAGAUAUGUUCUCUCAAGUUGCGUAGGCUAUCUAUUACUUAGGUUGAUGGGGAGUGAUCAGCGUGUAAAUUAAAGCUAGCUAAGACCCAUGGGGUUUGGUUUGUUUGCUAUUGUUCUUAAUUUCCUCCUAUUGCUUGUACGUUGUAAACUUGCGGAAGAGAAUCCUAUCAUCUAUUUUGUCUUUUAGCCUGGUAAA